AUCAGUUCAGAAUGUUCACGUGAUAAGAUGUGCAUAAGAAAUAAGUGUAGAAAUCCUUGCCCUGGUACUUGUGGCCAACAUUCUCAGUGUGAUAUGAUAAAUCAUAUUCCAGUUUGUUCAUGCCCAACUGGAUACACAGGAGAUCCUUUUAUUACUUGUCGAGUACUACGUAAGGGAUCUAAACCUUCGCUAGACCCAUGCAACCCUUCUCCAUGUGGAACUAACAGUAUUUGCAAAAGCAUUGAAAGUCAUGCCGUUUGCUCUUGUAUUUCUGGAUAUAUUGGUACACCACCAUCGUGUAGACCAGAAUGUGUUGUUAGUUCAGAAUGCUCCGCAAAAAGAUCAUGUGUAAAUUACAAGUGUACUGAUCCAUGUCUGGGCUCUUGUGGUCUUAAUGCCCGUUGUGAGGUUAUUAAUCAUUCUCCCAUCUGUAGCUGCUUACCUGGACAAACUGGAGAUCCAUUUGAAAGCUGCUUUGAAUUUCCAGCAACAGUGAAACCAAAAAUAGAAUCACCUUGUGAUCCAUCACCUUGUGGGCCACAUUCUAUUUGUCAAAAUGUUAAUGAUGGCCCAGUUUGCUCUUGCCAGAAUAAUUAUGUGGGAACUCCGCCUAACUGCCGCCCAGAAUGUUUAAUUAAUCCUGAUUGUCAUUCAAGUCGUGCUUGCAUCAAUAAAAAAUGUCAAGAUCCAUGUGUUGGUUCAUGCGGAGAAAACGCAGAAUGUUCAGUGAUAAAUCAUGCAGCGAUUUGCACAUGUUCAACUGGAUUUACUGGUAAUCCUUUUAUACAGUGUGUUCAACUGGUAGAAGUAACCCUGAAUCCUUGCGAACCUUCUCCCUGUGGUUCAAAUGCUAUUUGCCAACGUAAAGAUAACGCCGGUGCGUGUACUUGCAUUGAAGACUAUCAUGGCAACCCAUAUGAGGGAUGUCAACCUGAAUGUACUCACAGCUCAGAUUGUCAAACCAAUAAAGCUUGUUUGAGGAACAAAUGUGUAGAUCCUUGUCCAGGAAUAUGCGGCCCCCAAGCUCAGUGUUCGGUUGUUAAUCAUAUACCAACGUGUACGUGUCAACCUGGAUAUAUUGGUGAACCAUUUUCAGGGUGUACUUAUGAACCAGUCACAGAACCAACUAGAGCCACUGAGCUGUGUAAUCCAUCUCCUUGUGGCCCGUACAGCAUUUGUAAACAAAUUAAUGACCAGGCUGUGUGUAGCUGCCAAGACUCUUACUUUGGUUCACCACCAAACUGUAAACCUGAAUGUUUGGUCAAUUCAGAAUGCCCACAAAAUAGAGCUUGUUAUAAAAAUAAGUGCAAUGAUCCGUGUCCUGGAACUUGUGGUCUUGGAGCACAGUGCCGAGUGAUUAACCACAAUCCACUCUGUAGUUGUCCUUCUGGCUCAACAGGAGAUCCAUUUUCAAGAUGCUAUGAGGAAAAAGGUGGAAUGCGAGGCUAUAGAAUAGUUAAAUUAGGCGAGAGGGUAUUUGCAAAGAGGUACGACUGUAUUCGAGUGAAGGGAAUCAAGAUGAAACGACUCAAAGUGGCUGUUGUGUAG